AUGGGGCAAGAAAUGUUGCGACAUAGCGAGGGAUCAAGUUGCCGUGGGGCCCGCCCGCCGUCGUCCCAUCAAAAAAACUCCAGAGCCCACUCCCCCGUCCCUGUCGUUUCACGCCCCUCUGCCCUCACAAUCGAAUCCGCCACGCUGAACGCGGUGGGAAACUGCGGGCCGCCACUUGGACGCGUCGAGUCAGCCGCGGCAGCUGCUUUUGCGCCCCAUCCACUCGGUGUCUCGCUCAGAAGAACGACGUCACGCCUCGUCUCGACCGCUUCGCAAACUCCAGUGGAAGCGAGCGAGAGACGCCAUUGA